UCGUAAUGCCCGAGAUCUUAUUUUGUCUCUCUCCCGUUCGUUUCCUCUUUAGCAUUUUUUAUUAAUAAAUUCUCUUUUCAAGUAUCAAUCUUGUUUCUCCUCAUCAAACACAGAUAAUAAAAACAUAAAAGAAGAAAAUCAACUACUCUUUCUCCCCCAAAGCUGCCCAUUUUUCUCUCUCCAAUUUUUAUUUUUUCCCCUCAAAACUUUUCAAGAAAGAUGCUUGGAGUGAACUCAUGCUCAUGUGUAAGGAUGCUGCAAGUAUAGAUCUUCUUCAUCUUUUUCCAUUGAAAAAAAAAAAUGGAUUAUGGGUUUGCGUGCCAUAAGAAAAGCUCCAAUCUUGAUGGGUCUUUUCUGGUUUCAAACGAGCCCAAAGACGAAAAGGGCCAUGGAUCUGGACAUCUGAAGCACCAAAGAUCUGAUCUUGCUGAGGAUAACAACAACAAUGGUAAUAACAUGUGGAGGCUGUCUGAGAUGCCUAGGCCUGGGGAAGUUGAUUUCUCUUCGAGGAAAGCUGCUGAGAGCCUAAUUAGUACUCCGUUUGGGAGAUCCAUUCUUUGGCCGCCGGUGGACGACGCCGACGGCGGGAAAAUGCUCUCAUUUGCGUCGGAGGAGCCUCAUUGCAGCGGCGGUUCGGGCCGGAGUAUAGCGUUUUCUAUCUACCAGGAUGAGCAUCACAGUAGAGCGGGAGGGUUCGGGCUGAUUGGGGGUGGCCGUGGACCCUUUGCAAAGCUGAAAGGACCCUUUACCCCUUCUCAAUGGAUGGAACUCGAACAUCAGGCUUUGAUCUAUAAGCACAUUGUAGCAAAUGUGCCUGUUCCUUCCAAUUUACUCGUUCCCCUCAAGCGCUCUCUCUAUUCGUACACUUUACCAGCUACUUACGCCCCUAACUUACUGGGGUGGGGCCCGUUCCAUGUAGGUAUCUCCGGGAGCAAUGACCCAGAGCCGGGAAGGUGUAGGAGGACAGAUGGCAAGAAAUGGCGGUGCUCGAGAGAUGCCGUCACUGACCAGAAAUACUGUGAGAGGCACAUUAAUCGAGGUCGUCACCGUUCAAGAAAGCCUGUGGAAGGCCAAACUAAUGGCCACACUCUCUCUCAGCAUCAACCAACAAAUACGCCUAUUUCUGCUGCUGCUUCCACUGACUAUCUCAUUAGCAGGCCGCAAGAAUUUCAAGGACUCUCCUUGAUACCUCCCACGACAACUCUAAAACCCAAACACACACAACAAUUCCCCUUUCAAAAGGAACACCUCACUUUUCAAGAGCCACCCGACUCGAAAUUCGGAGUCGUCAUCUCCUCAAAUUUCAUGGACUGUCCCAAGGUCGACCAAUCCCAGCGCGCCACCUCAGCUCCAUGGCACGAACCUCUCAAACCCGACUGGACCCAGCUGUCAAUGUCCAUCCCCAUGGCCGCCGACCCAGGAUUCCCAUGCUCCCCAGAACGGCCCAAACCCAGCCCAUUAUUCCUGGGGGGCCCACACGAGCUGGACCCAAUAGUCCACAUGGGCCUGGGAGUGGGCCAUGAUCUCGAUAAUCCGGCCCACAAAGAACAACAGCAGCCCAUCGCGUGGGGGAGCCAGCUGGGAGGACCUCUGGGGGAGGUGCUGAGCUGGCAGGUCUCGGGUUCAUCCCCUAAAGGCGUGCUGCAGAAGUCGACUUUUGUCUCGCUCUCAAACAGUAGUUCGACUGAUAAUGGCAGCCUAUGUAAUGAUGUGUUUGGGUCCGCGGUUCUGAGCUCGGCAGCUUCUCAGACUCUCAGGUGAAAUGGAAAACAGGAAAAUGGAUGGGUGUUUGUUUGAGUGGAAGGAACUUUUUUAAUAAAAUCUUUAAGUGUGUGUUUGAUUUAGAUGUUUGUUUGUUUUCAUCCUUGUGAUGUGUUGUUGGACUUGGUUUGUAGUUUGAUUCGUGUACCUGUAACAGUAGUUAAUUUGCGCUUUUAGCUUGACGAAAAUGAUAAGCUCUAUUGGUCAUGUUUGUUUCUUUCUUCAAAAUUUGUGGUGGACAGUGGUCCUAGAUUCAUGAAAUUGAUCAGCGUGG